UGUCUUGAGAAGUUGAAAUAAAUGCACGCGUCGGUGGUAGUGGCAGCGCUCGCUCUCUCAUUCAAGGCAGGGGGUUCAGCCUGAUCUUGCGGCUGGCGGUAGAUUUAGUUGAGCCUUUGCCAUCGAUGAUGUUGGACUGAGAAAACCGAGACGCGUCGUAACGGAGAAUUUUACCCCCCGGGAAGAGCGCAUAUAGCUGCUGUGGUAGUAACGGAUUUGCUAGUGUGGGAGCGUAGGAUAGGAAAAAGGUGACCCAACGGAAGAUCGAGCACGGGCGGGUCUUAACAAAAAGUAAGAUCGCUGAGCGUUCCGAAUUCCCCGUUUUGUUAGUGAGCUUUGUUAUCAUCGCGAGAAGUUCGUUCAGUGAAUCAGAAGUUUUUGAGUUUGGCACCUUUGAACCGGCAGUGUUAAGGGAAUGUUAAAAGCUCCAACCAAGUGAGAUCUUGAAGUUGUUGCUGGAAGUGAUGUUCUAUGGGUGAUUGAAGCAUAACUGCAGAUAGUGUGAGGGGCAAAGUGAUUCAGUUUUUGAUACCAUCAUCCCGAGAGGAAACCAUUGCCAAUGAUCGCCUGUGAGUGUGCACCAAUAACCUGAUUGCGAAUUCAGUGAUGAUCGUCGUGUCUUGAAAACGUCAAGUGUCAGGAAUUUCUGGAAGACGAAGGCUUCCAACAGCGAUAGAUUGCGUCUUUGUGGUUGUAUAGUCGUAGAGAAAGUACCCUAGAAAAUCGGACGAAGACAGCAACGUAGUGAAGAUGCCCUGCAGCGCAGUAACGUUGUCUCUCGCGACGAUAUCCGCCAUCAUUGCCGUUGCCCUGCUGGCAAUCGCCUUCUCGACAGAUAAUUGGCUGAGCUACGAAGUGAAGCGGAAUAACAUACAGACAUUUAUAGCAAAACACCCCGAUGGAGCAUCACUCACAGAAUCGUUCAACAACAGGCUCGUCUACUACACCCGGACGCGUGGCCUGUUCCGGUACUGCUACCCGAAAGAGAAACCCCCAGCGUCAUCCGUUCAAAUCUACCUCUCACCGGUAGAAACCCACUGUUCCAAUAUCGACUACUUCCCCCAGACCGAGGAGGAUAAGUCAUCACCAGGCUUCAACGAGGACAUCAUGGCUCGUCUACAUCUGGCCCGUUCCGUCAUUGCCGCCUUUAUUCUCAGCUUCGUUGCCAUCUUUUGUGCCUUCUGGACCGGACUGUCUGGCUGCUGGAAACGAUCAGCCGGUGCCAUCACGGCUACAGCCAUUCUGAUGUUGACAGCCUGUUUACUCGCCGCCGGGGCCAUGGGACUGUGGCACACGGUGGAGUUCUUCGAGAAGGAGAAGGUCGUCGGCGAUGACUACUACCAGAGCUGGACAACGGUUCUCCGUGACAACACCCGCAUCUCGUACGAUUGGUCCUACAUCGUGGCCUGGGCCGGUGUGGCAUCCAGUCUGUUGGCCUCUAUACUGCUGUCCGGGGCGGCCGUUUGCCUUCGCGGUGAACGCGAAAAGGAAGAGCAACUGAACCUGCAAUACUUGAUGCCAGGUAAGUACCCAAUUUCGGGCGCCCCUUACCCCUAUGGUGGUUUCCCUCAACCUCAGCUCUACCCGCAGCCAUACUAUCACGGAUCGCAGUACGGACCGUAUAACUACUAAACGCGCAUCCUCUUAUGAUAGGCCACAGUUUAGAAAUCAUACACAUGCGAAACAGAACAAAUGCAAUUUAUAAGUAAAAUUAAACUUUUGACUUAUCUGUCCGUUAUGGUUGAAAUAAUAAAACUUUUAUUAAAUUCGAAAUCGAAGCGUCGCAUAGGUAUAAAACCGCGGAAACUGAUGCGAAUGAAGCCGAGAAAUAGCGCUACAUCUUCUCUUAUCACGCGGUUUUAUUUUUACUUAAAACCUGACUUUUAACAAUCUCGCCCACAAGUUUCUGCUUUUGUUCUAUCAAUCCUGUAGAAUAAUUCUAGAAGACCACAAUUUCCCCGUGAACGGCGAAGGGCAUUCGAUUUGCACGCUGAAUGAGCUGUUGAUUGAGCUAGGAAAACGUCAACUCACUCCUCUACAUAGAACUGACUUCUCCGUUGGGUCUUCCAUUUUAAUAUAACUUUAUCUUCUUGUCUGUAAUUUUACACUAUUUUGUAAAAUGUGUGUUUGAAUGGGAAAGAUUGUUCCCUUUGUGAAACAAAAUAAGAACAUAAGAAAUAAGAGAGUUAUAAUGUGCCUUUUUCUUCUACCCAUACUAGAAUUUUCGGUUUCUUAGUUCUCUCAUUGAUACAUUUCAUACAUUGUCAUAUAUUAUAAAUACAAAAAAACCGGUGUCAUUCUAGUUUAUCUAUUUUUUCUCUCUGUCUUUCUUUUUGUGUGUGUGAGAUCAUUUUUCUGUUUCCGGCAAUGCUAUUUUAUUUUUGUCAAUUAUUUUUAAGCUUAGAAUGACAUUUGCUAUAUUUGUUUUAAGACAGCAAGAGAAAUUCGAAGUUAGGACACAGACUAUCAGUAAGCUCUUGGAACAGAUUAUUAUUUGUUUAUGCGAGGGCAGUAGGAGGAAACUACAGACGAAAUGAACAAUGCGUAAUAUGCAGAUUUGUAUUAUGUAUAAAAGAAGAUAAUUUAAUACUAGAUUUUAAGGAACAGGAAAGCGAAAAUAUAUUUUAGUUAUAAAUCGA